CACUGCUUGUCCGAGUUGUUUACGAUCGAAAAAAAUGGAGUAUAGUAUGAACCAGCUACCCCAAGCGAUUAAUUCAGACGUUAAAACUCAAUCAUCAGAAAACCAAAACAGCGAGGUUGCGAGUGACAAUAGUGCUUCUCAAACUCUAGAUUCAGAAAAUGUUGAUUCCAAUACUCUUGCGGCCGUCCUACAAUUUCUACAAAAACAUAACCUCAAAGGGACAGCUGACGCACUGAAAAAAGAAGCGCGAUUAAAGGAGGAUCAGCUUAGAGAUGCCCAAGCUCUUCAAGUGGACUCGGAGGCAACCAAUUUGCUUUCGUCAUACAAAAGCGAAGGAGAUCCAAAUGCCUAUGAAAAAGCCUACCUGAGUUAUAGGAGAUUUGUUGAAAGCUCAUUAGAUGUUUAUAAACACGAGCUGUCUUUAGUGCUGUACCCCCUCUUUGUCCACAUGUAUUUGGAAAUGAUUUACAACAAUCAUGAAGCUGAAGCUUCUAAAUUUAUGGAACGCUUUUCGAUUGACCAAGAAGAUUAUUAUCAAGAAGACCUUAAAAAGGUUUCUUUUAUCACUAAGAAAGAACACAUGAAGGGCAGUGACCUUAUGGAAAAUUUCAAAUCAAGUCAGUUUACUGUUCGAAUGUCCCGAGAUACCUAUUCGGUUCUCAAGAGGUUUUUGCAGGACAAAAACCAAUCUAUCGUCAUGAAUGUAAUCCAAGAACACUUGUACGUCGACAUGUACGAAGGAGUGCCCCGAAAUAAAGCGCAGGUCGAGUCUACCGCAGGGGCCAUGGAAGGGGAGGCCAACAGACAAGUAAACAAGACCAAAAUCUACUACGGCCUGCUAAAAGAGCCAGACAUCCAGCUUCCAGUGGUCGAGGAGGAAGAGGAAGGUGAGCCGGGAGAAGGUGGUGAAAAGCCAAAAAAGAAAAAACCGAAAAAAGAUCCUUUAUUAAACAAGAAAGCCAAGAGCGACCCGAAUGCUCCACCAGCCAGUCGGCUGCCGUUGCCAGAUUUGAGAGAUAUCGACAAACUGGAGAAGGUCAGAGCCCUACGUGAAGCCAGCAAAAGGGUGGCUCUUGGUCCAGACAGCUUGCCGUCCAUUUGUUUCUACACAAUGCUGAAUUGCACGGAAACGGUAACGUGUGUUGAAUUUUGCGAAGAUUCCUCUCUUCUCGCUGCAGGAUUUUCAGAUUCAAUCCUGAAAGUGUGGAGCUUAGUGCCUCAGAAGCUUCGUGCUAUGAAACCAGCUGAACAAUUGGCCGAUAUUGACAAGGAGGCAGAAGAUGUCCUUGUUCGCAUGAUGGACGAUAAGACGGGCGAAACUAUGAAGGUGCUCUAUGGCCACUGUGGGCCAGUUUAUUCUGCCUCGUUUAGUCAUGACCGAACGUUACUGCUUUCGUCUUCGGAAGACGCCACCAUUCGUUUGUGGAGUUUGCAAACGUGGACUUGCCUCGUCGUUUACAAAGGCCACAUUUAUCCAGUCUGGGAUGUGCGUUUCUCCCCACACGGCUACUACUUUUCGUCAGUGGGACACGACCGGACUGCCCGUCUGUGGGCCACCGAUCACCACCAGCCGCUACGAAUCUUUGCCGGCCACUAUUCCGACGUUGAUGUGGUCCAAUUCCAUCCCAAUUCCAAUUACGUCGCCACGGGAUCGAGCGACCGAAGCGUCCGUUUAUGGGACUGCGUCUCUGGCAAUUGCGUCCGGCUGAUGACUGGCCAUAAAGGGACGGUGUCGGCGUUGUGUUUUUCAACCGACGGUCGUUUUCUGGCGUCCGGUGGAGCCGAUCAGAAAGUCUUGGUCUGGGAUCUGGCUUACGGCCACCUUCUAGCCGACUUGCCUGGCCACGUCAUGACAAUAUCCAGCCUGGCCUUCAGUCGCGACGGGACGGUGUUUGCGACGGCUUCCCUAGAUGGCUCUAUCCAGUUGUGGGAUUUCUUCCGGCUGACGGAUGAGUCCUCGUUGGAGGACGUCAACAUUUCGGGACACAACCCGGACCUUCUGAAACGGAGCAACGUCAUCGAGUCUCUUCGAUUGGCCCGUUAUCCGACUAAAGCCACACCUGUUAUGUCAUUACAUUUCACACGAAGAAAUUUGCUCCUAGCCGCCGGCAUGUUCGAAGGCUAAAUCAUCCGACUUAUCAUUUAGAUAAUUUUUUUAAAUAAUUAAAAUACAUAUAACUUUGUCUCUUA